UAGACAACAACACCAGCAGAUAUGACGUUCGUUAAUACUAAACAGUUGAAGUUGAUUGAGGAAUCAGUGACAAAUCAUGUCAAGUUUUAUGACAAGACAAUCAGCCAAUACCUAAAGUUGAGACAGGAGAUAUACAGCUUGUCUAAAGACAGCACUUUGCUCCAAGUGCAUCAGCUCAAGGUUGAACUUGACAAAAUAGGACAUAUAUAUCAGCUACACUUGCAAGAGUUGUCCAAUAUACUCCUGAUCAAGCCUGUAGCGCAUGCAGAUGAUAUAAAUUACCAAUAUGAACAGCUAUUGGAGAAGGAAACGCUACUUCAAGAACGAAUUAACAAUAUUCGUACCAUUCAGCAACCAAUUCUCAGCAAGAUUCAGACAUUGGUUAACAGCUUUGAACAGAAUAUUGACCUGACAAAGACAAGAUACAUUUCAAAUAGAAUGCUAAAAGAGCAAGACGAUAGAUCGAUAGAUUAUACCUCGUUGAUUGUCACCAAAGAGAAGUUGAAUAGUUUGGUUAGUGAAGUUGACAUUGACAUUGAUGUAACUAGCUAUAAAAUAUUUGAAAAGUAUUCCGACACGGAAUUCUUGUAUCGAUUAAACAAAUCUAACUUGCGAGAAUUCACCCAUGAAAUGACUGUUGAUGAUUAUGAACAGCUCAUCGAGUCGACUUUGGACCAAAUAACUACAUUGCAACAAGAGGGGGCCGCCCUUGAAUCUAGUUGGAACAACAAUGCCAACAAGAUUGAAUUGAUUAAACAUGCAUUAGAUAGUACUAUAUAGGACUUAUCAAAAUAACUGAGUCACCUCUGACAAACACCAUCUCUGUCUUCUUUGUUUCUACGUCGUCAUUACUGUCGUUAUAAAUGUAUUCUUCAGCUUCACUCAACACCAUAUUACAAUGGGAGUCGUAUCCUUGUAAUUUCCCCUUGAUUUCUCGUGCUCCUCUCAAUUUGAUUAGAACGAAUUCAUCUAAAUGGAACCUAAUGAGGUCUAAUGGCUCUUCUUUUGUGGACAUGAUGAUACUCCUUUGCUCUAAUGGUACGU